CUACCGUCAAGCUCAAGCUACAGUGCUGGAGGCUUUGCCUCUCCUAAAAAUGCACAAUAUAGCUACCAAGAGGCCUGAUGAUUACUUUGCACAGAUGGCCAAAUCAGAUCAGCAAAUGCAGAAGAUCAGACAAAAGCUGAUCUCAAAGCAGCUGAAUAUGGAGAAGUCAGAAAAAGCCAAGAAACUGCGUGAGCAAAGGAAGUUUGGCAAAAAGGUGCAAAUAGAGGUGAUUCAGAAGAGGCAGAAAGAGAAAAAGGCGAUGAUGUCUGCUGUAAAGAAAUAUCAGAAAGGCAUGACUGACAAGUUAGAUUUUCUGGAGGGUGACCAGAAAAUAGCUAAAGAUUCUUCUGGAGCUUCAAAGAAAGCACCAAACAAAAAAGGCCCCAGUGCUAAAAGAAAAUACAAGGACCAAAAGUUUGGCUUUGGAGGCAAAAAGAGUGGAAAGAAAUGGAACACCAAGGAGAGUUAUAACGAUGUUUCCAGUUUCCGUGGCAAAGUGGCUCAUGCCAAGGGGGAGAAGGGAGGGCGGAAAGGCCGAGGAGGAAAACAAAAUAAACGUCCUGGCAAGACGGCGCGCAGGAAGAUGAAGGGACGCGCGUAGAACUGGACUGAACUCGGACUUUGUUUUUGAGCAGAACUUUUUUCUCAGUCCGUCUCCACAGCACCGCAGGAGUCGGUUCUUCUCUGUAGUUUUUAAUAAUCUCAGUAAGUGACGUUCAAUAUGGAGGACUUUGUAAACUGCUGGAGCCACACGAAGGAAGGCGUUUUGUCGAGAUUAAAAAAGAAGACCUGAACUGCAUUGAGCUUUUAAAAAUCGUUUUACACCUCGCAGAAACUGUCGUAUUAAUCCACAACGUCUCCACAGACUUUUGGACAGGGUGGCUUUCAUGCCACUUCCUGUCAUGACACAUCAGUAUCUAAACAAGCCUUCCAACCGUGUUUUGAGUUUGGGAUAUGUUUAUUUUCCUACACUGCUCCUUGACUCAUAGAUUGUCUCCACCCGUGUGACAUUUUGUAAUAUGGAGCUGCUGUCAGUUUUGCCCUUUCCCAGUCAUUAAUGUGAUUAGUAUGUAACGGUGUGUGCAGCUUGUCUAAACGUGUGGUUUACUUAAUAAAGAAGA